AACACCUCGGAGCAAGCGCGAUGAGAACGGCUGGAAAUUGUCGAGCUAACGGCGAACUAUCCGACCUCUGUGCUGUGUGUCUCUCGACCGUGGCCGUUUCUACUUUGUUGGAGUCUAGGUUUCAGCUAGCUGAGCCUAAAGAAAAAGGGAAGCGAGUAGUUACUGAAUUGCCCGAAGAGUAACACCUGCAGGGAAUCAGUUUGAUAGACUAGGCAACAUAGAUUUUUUUUUCUGUUAUUAACUACUGGAUUUUUAUACUAAUUUCAAGGACUUAGCUUUUACCGGUGCGUGGGCUAGCUCUAAGUAGUCCAUUGUCUCAAUCGCAAAUUCCACUGUGCUGGUUGGAUAACGUUUUACUACGUAGCUAGUCAGAAGAGACACGUGGGCCUAGAAAUAGCCUUACGAUGGACCUGCCUCAUACGAAGACUGUUUCACAAAUUUUAGACUAUUAUAAUGUCAAAGAAGCUAAUGGAUUGAGCCAGGCGCAAGUUACGUCAGCUCAAGAAAAGUAUGGCCCAAAUGAAUUGCCAGCGGAAGAAGGUAAAUCAAUAUGGGCGCUAGUGUUGGAACAGUUCGAUGACCUUCUUGUUAAAAUCUUGUUGUUGGCAGCCAUCAUAUCUUUCAUCCUAGCCUUAUUUGAAGAAGACGAAGAUGAGAAGGUGACCGCAUUUGUGGAACCGUUUGUUAUCCUCCUCAUUCUGAUUGCAAAUGCUAUCAUUGGUGUUUGGCAGGAAAAAAAUGCAGAGGAUGCUAUUGAUGCGCUAAAGCAGUAUGAGCCAGAGAUAGCGAAGGUCCUACGACAGGGCAAGAUCGGGGUCACCAAAAUCAAGGCCCGUGAUCUAGUUCCUGGAGAUGUGUGCUCUAUUGCUGUGGGUGAUAAGGUUCCAGCUGAUAUCCGUGUAACCAGUAUAAAUUCAACUACAUUACGAGUAGACCAAUCUAUACUUACAGGUGAAAGUGUGAGUGUUUUGAAGCAUACUGACGCAAUCCCAGAUACCAAAGCUGUCAACCAAGACAAAAAGAACCUGCUAUUUUCGGGUACCAACAUUGCUGCAGGAAAAUGUGUUGGUGUGGUAGUCGGUACUGGUCUGAACACAGAAAUUGGCAAAAUCCGAACAGAAAUGGUGCAGACAGAGACAGAGAAGACUCCACUAACCCAAAAGUUGGAUGAAUUUGGCGAGCAAUUGUCAAAGGUUAUCUCUGUUAUUUGCGUAGCUGUGUGGGCAAUCAACAUCGGCCAUUUCUCUGACCCCGCUCACGGUGGCUCAUGGAUCAAGGGUGCUGUAUACUACUUCAAGAUUGCUGUUGCUUUGGCUGUUGCUGCCAUUCCUGAGGGCUUGCCAGCUGUCAUCACCACUUGCCUGGCUCUCGGUACUCGUCGUAUGGCCAAGAAGAAUGCUAUCGUCCGAAGCCUGCCCUCUGUAGAGACACUGGGAUGUACCUCUGUCAUUUGUUCUGAUAAGACAGGAACCCUGACCACCAACCAGAUGUCUGUAUGUAGGUUCUUUGUGUUGGACAAAGUUCAGGGGGACCGUGCCAGCUUCCACCAGUUCCAGGUGUCGGGAACCACGUAUGAACCUACUGGAGAAGUCACCAUCAAUAAUGUGAGGGCUGAUUUGAGUAACUACGAAGCUGUAACAGAGUUAGCAACCAUUUGUGCCGUCUGUAACGAUUCUAGUAUUGAUUUCAAUGAGGCGAAGCAAGCCUAUGAGAAAGUAGGUGAGGCUACAGAGACCGCGUUGACAGUCCUCGUGGAGAAGAUGAAUGUCCUAGGUCAGAAUCUACAUGGGCUUCGCCCACAUGAACUAGUCAGCGCCUGCAACCAGGGUCUGCUAGCAUCACAUAAUAAGGAUUUUACCCUGGAAUUCAACCGUGACCGCAAGUCUAUGAGCGUGUUCUGUUCACCGGGCAAGAAUGCCAAAGCUGGCAGCACUCCAAAGAUGUAUGCUAAGGGUGCACCCGAAUCCAUUCUGGAUCGUUGUUCGUAUGUUCGUGUUGGUCUCAACAGAGUUCCCAUGACACCAUCCGUCAAGGCUCAGAUUAUAGAUCUAAUCACUCAAUACGGUUCUGGUAUGGAUACUCUCCGUUGCCUUGGUCUUGCUACCAUCGACAACCCAGUGAAGAAAGAGGAUAUGGACUUGGAGAACUCUGCUAACUUCAUUAAAUAUGAGACUAACAUGACCUUUGUGGGUGUCGUUGGUAUGUUGGAUCCUCCUCGUAAAGAAGUUAUCUCCUCCAUCCAAGAAUGUUACCAAGCUGGUAUCCGUGUCAUCGUCAUUACUGGUGACAACAAGAACACAGCUGAAGCCAUCUGCAGGAAGAUUGGUGUGUUCAGCGAGAGUGAAAGCACCGAAGGAUUGUCUUAUUCGGGCAGGGAGUUUGACGAGCUGUCCACCAUGGCACAGAGAGAAGCUGUUAGAAGAUCACGUCUGUUUUCGCGAGUGGAACCAGCACAUAAAAGCAAGAUUGUAGAGUAUUUACAAGCUGAAGGAGAAAUAUCUGCUAUGACUGGUGACGGUGUGAAUGAUGCCCCUGCUUUGAAGAAAGCUGAAAUUGGUAUCGCCAUGGGAUCUGGAACCGCUGUAGCCAAGUCUGCCUCUGAAAUGAUUUUAGCCGAUGACAACUUCUCAUCCAUCGUAUCCGCCGUUGAGGAGGGCCGUGCAAUCUACAACAACAUGAAGCAGUUUAUCCGCUACUUGAUCUCGUCCAACAUCGGUGAAGUCGUCAGUAUCUUCUUAACGGCAGCUCUUGGUAUGCCUGAAGCAUUGAUCCCAGUCCAGCUACUGUGGGUGAACUUAGUCACUGAUGGACUCCCAGCCACUGCUCUUGGUUUCAAUCCCCCUGAUCUUGACAUUAUGUCUAAGCCCCCUAGAAGUUCUAAGGAAUCGCUUAUCAGCGGAUGGUUGUUCUUCAGAUAUAUGGCUAUUGGUGUGUAUGUUGGAGUGGCAACUGUCGGGGCCUCUGCAUGGUGGCUUAUGUACUAUGAUAAUGGACCACAAUUAAAUUACUAUCAAGUUAGUCAUCAUCUACAGUGCCCUCUAGAGCCUGAGAACUUUAAAGAUGUCAAUUGUGAAGUGCUUGACGAUCCUCAUCACAUGACCAUGGCCUUGUCCGUUUUGGUUACCAUAGAGAUGUUGAAUGCUCUCAACAGCUUGAGUGAAAACCAGUCACUAUUGUCAAUGCCACCUUGGUCUAAUCCAUGGUUGCUAGGAGCUAUUGCUCUUUCAAUGGGUCUUCACUUCGUAAUCCUCUACGUUGAUUUCUUAUCAACUGUUUUCCAAAUCACACCUUUGAACAUAACCGAAUGGAUAGCAGUGGUCAAAAUCUCAAUCCCAGUAAUUCUACUGGACGAGACUCUCAAGUUCGUUGCUCGUCGAAUCACAGACGGUAAAAGCUGUUUCAAAGAUAUUCAUUGGAUAAUUUCUAUUAUAGCUCUAGCAGUUGCUGUGUUAUAUUAUACUCCUCUUUAACAAUGGUAGACUGAUAACUGUCCAAUGAAAGACUGUACCAUGGAGGCUAGCCACAAAUGACAUCAUAUUCAUACACUGGACAUGAUUAAUAAAUCGUAAAAAAAUUAAUUGAUUAUCAUUAUUGAUACAGACAUCAAUAAAUAUAAACGUAAUUGUCGGGAUGUGUUGUCAAUAUUCUGACUGACAAGGUCUUGUGUUGAAUGCGUAGGCAGUCGCUAAAAUCGGCACAAACAUGCCUGCGAAGCUUUUAAAAGAAUUGGCUUAGCCAUCCGCUAUAGACUUACUUACUUUGGAGUGGGUGUCGUCUAUCCAUAGUAAAACACAGUAGAACGUGUCAUAUAACUGAGUAUUGAUGCUUAGUGUCUGUACCCAGAGCCUAGUCAGUCACCUGAUACUUCCCAGCAUGCAUGCUGCACCAUAUUUUCUACUGUGCAAUUUGGUUUAAUUUUUUGUUUUGUUUUCAUAAUUUCUAUUUCUAAGUCACUUCAUGACAAGAACCAUCACACACAUAAACUACAUAAUUCUCUGCUCAUCUUUUCCUCCUUAACCUCUGUGCGACACUAUCAAUUUUUAUGUGACAAAUACAUUUGCAAUGCCCAUAUAUGGAUGUGAUUUAACUUCUUCCUGCCCAUAUAUGAGCAAAUAAUAAAUGUCACGUAAGACUUGGUAGUGUGGCAAGAGCCUUUUUUUGUUUGAAAUAAAACUUAAUUUUGGUGAUUUAAAGAUAUGCUGUUGUGCUAAACAAAUAAAAUUUUCAGAUAUGCGUAAAUGAUACUGUUCCUGUUUGUUGCAUUGAACGGUAAAUUGACAAGUUUAAGGAUUUUUGCAGGAAAAAGUCUGCAGAUUGAAAAUAAUUACCAUUAAUCUGUGUCUCAUUUAAGCUAAUGAAUUACUUUCUCCUUUAUAUUUUACCAACAGUGUAUCUUAAAAAAAAAUAUAUAAAAUAUUGGAUGGUGGAUCAGGUGGUGGGACAUUAACUUAUCCCUAUUUAUUUUCCUUCUGUUUUCUUCUUUAAUUUUCAAUUUAAGCUUUGCAUUUCGUAUAAAAAGUCUACACCAAAGAUAUAUUAACUCAUCCAUUGGCGUAAUUUCAUUUUUAUAGCUAACUUUUUAUUUGGUUUACUUAUUGUUUGAAAAAAUACAUAUACAUAGGAACAAAUUCAGAAAUUAUUAAAUUGUAGAUGUUUCAUAAUAUGUUCUUAAUAUUCUAGGGGAAAAAAAAGUUUGUUCCAAUUAUUAUAGAUAAAAAUGUUUGUAUUGUUUGUAUCAUAUUAUAAAAUAUAUUAAAUAGUUCUUGAUCAGAUUAUUACUCUGGUUCAGAACAAACAAAGCAACACAAACAGUAAUUAUAUCCUCAUUAUAGAAUGCAUUUAAAAUAGCUUUGACAAUCACCUAAAACAUGCUGUUUUCAGUUACUCUCACCAUGUUUGAUCUGUUUGAAUGAUUGAUUGACAGACUUUGUGUGUACUGAUUUUUCAGAAUUAACUGUUUACUAACUAAUACUCAUGGUUGGAUGUAAAUAUUAUUUUAUCAAGUCUUUCUGAGAAUAUGACUUGUAGCAUUUGAUACGGGAACAAUUUUGUUUGUUUAUCUUGUCAUGUUUGUAAUCGGUUUUAAUUUAGUAUUUUACAGUAAACAUCUACAGAUGCUGACAGUUAGUAGGAGACGAGAAAAUUCUGAGAAGUCAAAUAUAUUAAUGAAAACUGUGACAAAGAAAUGUAUGAAAUGUAUAACAAAAUUUGAAAACUUUAUAGGUUUAAUUGUUCUGUGAGAAAAUCUGUGUUGUAAAUAAUUACACUUAAACUAAAGGCAAAAUCUCUUUCCUUUUUUUUUUUGGAUAAUUUAACAAUAAUUUGUUAGCAUUCCAAUUAAUUAUUUGUUGAUGAGCAAGAAAUAAAUGUAAUGUGGAAGAUUUAAAAUAGAUGUAAUACUGUAUUCACUUUUUGUCACUGAAUUAUUAGUCAAUAAAUUUGUAUUUAGUGGUUAGAUAAGGAGUAAUUUUAGGGGGAAAAAUGAAAACCCGUAUUUUUACGUGGUCAUAAAUGUUUGUGGGAAAUGUUCACUAAUAUUUAGUACUGUUAGUACAGUAUUCACCUUUAUAGCCAGGUGUUUAGCAAUGAAUUAUUGGCUUAACUCAUUUACAGCAUACUUAAAAAUUUGCAAAGAAAAUAUGCAUGAAGGUGUUGCUUUUUAAUGCUCCAUACCUAAAUAAUUUCAUGAUUGGAAAGUCCUAUGUUUUGAAAAAUACAACUGGUAGUAGGUCAUUCUUCAUACCAGAAAUACAUAUACAUAUUUAUGCAAAUAUAGUUGCCCUCCAAUUUGAGAUCCCUGUAACACCAAGAUCCCUCUAAUUCCAAAGCACUUUUCAAAAGUACCAACUAACAAUCUUAAUAAUUUAAACAAAGCUAGAUUGAAGACGGAACCCUGAGACACCCCAUAUUUUUAGGUCCCAAAAGUGGUUGCGAAUUGGGGGGUAAACUGUAUCCUUAUUAUAUUUUGUUUAUUUAUUAUUAAGUGUCCCCAGAAUGCCAGCCAAGAGUUUAAUUCACUGAUUAUAACACUAGAAUACAGUAGUUAACUUACAUUAUGCUCUGUCAGUGUACACACACAAAAAAUAUAUUUGAUAGGCUCAUAUAUGACCUUGAUGAUGUCAUACCGCACUCUUAUAUGGGUAAAUCACAGGUAUUUGUCGCAUUAAUCUAUAGGUGCCUAUAGUAAUUUGAGUGUAUUAAUAGAUGGCAUUUAAUCUGUUCAUGACUUGCUAAGAUGUAACUGUACUUACAGAUAUUUCAUGUCAUAUUUCUGUCAGGGCAUUAUGUCCUCAAUAUUGCUUUGGCAACAGGGGGAGGUAGUGUGAAUGAUGACAUGUGCAAGAUUGUGAGAAGCCUGGUAAAUACUGAUGCAAUGAUGCCUAACACAGCAAAUACAUGUCUAGUACAUCCUCCCUCUAGUAAAUUUAUCUGCGACUACCCAAGUUUUUGCAAUAAUAGAUUAUAACAGGAUGCAUUUGUUAAGCUAGUCAAUCUGUGUGUGAGUUUAUAAUGUAUUUAGUACAAGUUACUCCAGUUCUCAGAAGUUGAUCAAUGUUAAUUUUCUUUACAAAGCAUUGUUGAGGAAAGAGUGGAAGUACAGUAGUCUCAAUUGCUGGAUUGUCUAGCAAUGAGGGGUUAAGGCAAUGUUAAGUUAAAAAUUUGUAAUUUCGAUUUGGUCAUGUGAUUAUUCAGACCAGCUUGAUCAUCGGCAGUUGUUUAAUUAAAUUGAAUAAUCGUUAGUAACUGCUGAAUGUAUUCUCAAACUCAAUUUUAUACAUAUCUACAGGUUUAAUUGUUGAUUUAUUGUAUCAAAUGUAUUCUGUAUAAAAAAUGAACUUGAAACGUCCAAAGUGUGCCAUCAAUCUUCGGGUAAGGUGGCGUUUUGUGGAUCUACAAUGAUUCUUUGUCAGUCGGAAAAUAUAUAUUCUUACGAUAAGUAAGAAGAUGCCUAUUCAAUUUUUAAACAUUACAUGCCCUUGAUUUUCACUGUUAUAUUUUAUUCCUCCCUGAGAAUUGAAUAAAAUGUAAAAUACUGACAA